AUGCAGUCUCAAAUGUUUCCAAUGAAUGGAAAUGGAAUUUCUUCUUCAUCUUCAUCUUCUUCUUCAUUGUCUGGAAUUGUCCAUGGUUCAAAAUCCAUUUCUUCAACUGAUAAUGCAAAUGAUGACAUGUUUGAUCGUAAUGUGGAUGAUUUUAUGAGUGAUGAAGAUGUAGAACCGAGUGAUAGUGGCAGUUACAGCAUGGAAACGGGGUCUGGUAGUUCAAGCUUGGAAUAUGGAUGUGACUGUCGAUCAGUCCGUCGUGUUUCGCUCAUGGGAGCGUCGGAUUAUUGUCUUGCACCAAAUGCUCCACUUAGCAGCAAGUGUGGUAAUGUUGAUCUUGCGGAAAGUGGUGCUUGCCCAAUUGUUGGAGCUCAACCGUGCUCUGCAAAAGGUCACGUUCUCGCCAAUGACUCGUUCUGUGAGCUGGACGACAAGGAUGAGACGUACAAGUGCGUGGCCAGCAAGGAUGAUUUGGAGAUUCAAAAGAACGGCAAGAAGAGGAAGAAAAAUUCCAAGCGCAACCACGGGCGAGAGUCGUCGACGAGUACAGCGUCAUCGCAUCUAUUGCUGACAGCACGCGAAGUAGUGGCGAUCGUCGUUUGCGUGGCAGUCGGGGUGAUGGCUGUAGUGUAG